GCGCCUCCGCUUUAUAUACCCCCCUCAUCCUCCGUGGACUCUCCACAACGAGAGCAGAGCAGGCAAGACAGCUCGCACCAGCGGUCCAUCCAUCCCCAUGGCGCCCGCCUUCGGCCGCUCCAUCUCCUUCCCGCUGAGCCCGGCACGCUCCUCCUCCUCCACGAAGCAGGCGCGCCACGUGCGCUCCAUCAGUCUCCCGACCUGCCGCGCGCACCCGCUGCUCGCCCACCUCCACGCCACAACCCGCGCCGCCCGCGCCUGGGCCGCCGCCACCGCCGACCCCUGCACCACCUCCCCUUCCUCGGGCCUCGCCCACCUCGCCGCGCUCCACGCCGCGCUCGCCGAGCUCCUCGUCCUCCCGGAGCCCCGCGCCGCGCUCGCCACCGCCGGCGCCACCGCCUUCUCGGACCGCCUCCUGGACGGCCUCCUGGCGCUGGCCGACGCGCACGGCGCGUUCCGGGAGACGCUGGUCGACCUCAGGCGCCACGCCGCCGAGGCCCAGGCCGCGCUGCGCCGCCGCGACGCGGCGCGCCUCGCGUCGGCCGUCCGCGCGCCGCGCCGCGCCGAGAAGGGCCUCGCCCGCCUCGCGUCGUCCGCGCGCGCAGCCGCCGCCGCCAGCUGCAGGCUGCCACUGCCAGCGGCCACCGCCGCCGAGGUCGAGGUGUCCGGGGUGCUCGCCGAGGCCCUGGGCGCCGCGGCGUCCGCGUCCGCGGCCGUGUUCUCCGCCCUCGAGGCCGUCUCGUCCGCCGCCACUGCCGCCGCCGCCGCGUCUGCCGCCUCCUCCAAGAAACCGGCGGCGACGGCGACGCUCAUGUCCUUGGUCACCAGGAGCGGCAAAUCCGCCGCCUCCGACGAGGACAGGGAGCUCGCCGCGCUGGAGAAGAUGGAGCGGCUCGACGCGUGCAUCGCCGAGAUGGAAGCCGGGAGCGACGAGGUGUUCAGGAGCAUCCUGCACACUAGGGUCGCACUCCUCAACAUCCGCACCCAGACAUGCUGAUCGUUUUGGACAUCCAUCAAAACCACACUCCAUAAUGUCACCAAAAUGCAAGUGUACAUACAUAUUAUUGGAUGAAAAAAAGGCUCUCUUGUUUAUUUGGCUCUUGUUUAAAUGCAUGCGUUGUUCAUGUGUGAA